GCCCUUUGCCUGUCCUCACAAACAUACAUCGCAGCUCCGAAAGUGGGCUUUAAAUCCUGCCCAGCUGUAGCCAGUCUUCGGUCUUGUGAUCGCAAGCCUCGAUCCCUAGCUAUUUAUAAAAGAAACGGGAUGCAAAUUGUGUAUAAAUAGCGGCACUCCAAAGCACCCAGGCAGUGAUGUUUUCUCGCCGGGGCAGCGCGAUCCUCUCCUGCCCCCAGGCAGCCGUGAGCGGGACGGUCGAGGGCUCACGGGGCAUUCAGCGCAGAGGCUCACUCCGACAGCCCGGCAUGGCCUUCCCAUGCCCUCCGUCGCUAGAUACGUUGCUGUCCCGUCACUGGAAAGACCUGCAGGACGGCUUUUGCGACCCAAAUGAGCUCAACAAAAUUCUGGAGUUCCAGAGUGAGGAGCUGCAGUGGACAGCGAAGAAGCGUGGCCUGUGGUCCCUGGAUUAUAAGCGGGAGCUGACGAGCCCGCUGCGCAUCGCAGCCGCUCAAGGCUACACCGAGUGCCUCCUCUACCUGUUGGAGAACGGUGCGCAGCCCAACCUGCUGGCGGGCGGCAAGGCUGCACUGCACGAGGCCUGCGAGAACGGCAACACCGACUGCACGGAGCUGCUGCUGGAGCACGGAGCCAGCUCUGGCCUGCUGACCGAGGACGGCCUGUCGCCGCUGCACCUCUGCAGGACCACCCAAACACUACGCUGUGCCAAAGCGCUGGUCCGCUACGGCGCCAAGGUGGACCAGGCGAGCGAGGAGGAUGGGGAGACUCCGCUGCAUGUGGCUGCUCGUCACGGCCUGCUGCACCACGCCCAGCUCUACCUCCGCUACAGCGCUGACGUCAACCGGCCGAGCGGCUCGGGGGAGACGCCGCUGGGGACGGCGUGCGGCUCGGCCCGCAGCCCCGAGCUCCCGGAAGGACACCUGCAACUCUGCCGGCUGCUGCUGACCUACGGCGCUGAAAUAAGCACCGCGGACGAGGAGCGGCGGACGCCGCUGCACAAGGCCGCCCGCAACGUGCAGCUAGAGCUGGUGCAGCUUCUGCUGCAGCAUGGAGCCGACGUCAACGCGAUCGACUACAAUGGCGCCACGCCGCUGUCCUGCGCCCUACAGAGCGCCACUAUCAGGGCUCAGCAGCACCCCCACUGGGUGGUGCGCACCCUACUGAACCACGGCUCCAUCAAGGUGUGGCCGCUGGCCCUGCUCAAGGUUCUCGCCACCUGUGCUGCAGCUCCAAAGACAGUGGAGGUGCUUUUUAAUUCCUACAGCCAAGUCCCAGUCACCUACAAGUGGAAGCAAAGCAUCCCUGAGGAGGUUUACCAGGUACAUCAGCAGUUCUAUCAGUCCCUCUUUGACCUGGAGUACAAGCCCCGCUGUCUGCAGCACCUGUGUCGCGCUGCCGUCCGGCAGCACUACGGCAAACACUGCCACCUGCUGGUUCCCCAGCUCCCCAUCCCCAGCCUCCUCCAGCGUUACAUCCUUCUGGAGCCAGAAGGCUUAAUCUAUUAAGCCCCUCUGAAGCAGCAAUGCCUACAUGAACACCACUGGCUCACACUUUUCUGUGGGUAUGAUUUGUAUGUCCAGCACAAUUAAUACUUAUUAGUAAUUCCUUGCCGUUCAUUUCAACAGUUAAACAUUGUCGGUUGCACUUCUUCACCUGCAGGGGUCACUGUGGGUUAAUUUCAUUACUUCUGCUUUGAACUGUGUUGUUACUGUGUUUCCGCUGACCUUUUGCAUUUAGUUUAAAUACUUACUGUGUUUUAUAAUUUAAUAUUUACUGUGUUUUUAUUAAGCAGAAUGUUUUAUAUAUUUGAUACUGCUUACAUUGAGUUUGUUUGAUAAAAGCUAUUUCUUUUGUCGCCCUUAAUUACCAGCCAAAUAAAGUAGACACUGAAGGAA